CAUGAAAAAAGCUACACAAUGGCGAGUCUGGAAUAUCAUUUGAUGUCACAUAUUUUUGUCAAUUUUUGAUCGAAAAGUUAUUUUUCAUUCUAUAAAACAGAUAAAAAGUGAUUUCUGAAAGUCUUUUACCAACGUGCAAUUGGAUAUUGUCAAAACUGAAUAGGUAGUGUCCGUAUUGAUGUUGCAUUUUUAAACUGAAAAAAGGAAUACUCUGUGCAGAAGAAAGUGAAGGAUUUUCGUCGUGAACGAAAUGACCUUAUAAGAAAAUCCUAUUUUUCGGUACACGAUUGGCGACAACCCUAAGUGGACUAGAGUGGUUUUCGCUAUCUGUGCCCUGGAAGGGAUUAAGAUCUUCCAGUACAAGUGCCGCAAGACAGUGUUUUCAUUAAGAUUGAGUAUCUCGGUGUUGUGCAAAGUGAUGUUCGGGCAUCGAGAACCACUUCCACAAAAUGGUAGCAGUAAAAAUUGACGUCGUCAAGCUGUUUUUCUACCGCACGAAAAUACAGUUUUCUGCCAAAGACGAAAAGUGCUGAAGUGAACGUUUGUCGUAUACGUUUAAGUAUAACAAAGUUGCAAGCUUUCGGAGCUGCGAAAAGGCAGUCAUAUCCACCGGAUACAGGAUAUUAUUCUCAACACACAACUUUACACAGCCUAGUGUUCAAUCUGUGAUAUUUCGGCUAAGUAACAUCCUGAUGUUCAUCGUCUGGAAAAUUUGAAGUCCGUCCACCGAGAAAGAUAAGAGCGUCAGUGCUCUAUUUCCCUGGAUUAUUGGCGAGACCGAAUGUUGUUAAGAUACUGAGUCUGCUAUAAUGAUAACGAAUAAAAGUCCUACCAUCACAGUGUUCCGAUUACGAUCGGAUCAAAAAAUGCUCGGCUGCUACAUUCCAAUAGUGUUACACCGUCAAUUAAACGGUGAAAAAUCGUUGGUGAAGCAUGCUACUACCAUCGUUUGGAGCUGCGUUCCUUCCGAACCACGACAAAUCACGGAAGCAACUAUCCCUUACGCAAACAAGUCUGACUAUAUCUACUUGACACAAUCAAUUGGCAGCAGCUGCGACAGCAGAGAAAUGCUGAUCUCAAUAAGAUUUCCAUUGGAUGACUUGGACGCCACUCGGGCGCUCUUUAGCCAUAUUACUGAGUUGAUGCGAAACACUAAUACUGUGACUUUGAAAUGUGAUUUUAAUGCUUACCUGAAUAAUGUUAGUAUUAGUCGUAAUCUAGCCCUACACGCAUGCACUACUUUAAACCAAGGUCCGGUGCAAGUAGUCAACGAGCGCCAAACUAUCGACGAGACAUCCAGUCGUCGGCAGAGCUCGUAUACGAAAUUUGAUGACCUGUUGGUGAUGGUUGCUAAUGAAAGAACGCUGAUGAAGCGUGCCUUUUUUGAAUCUCCAGGAUGGUCACUGCCACGUUUGCGGUUGUGCGGGGGUGGAGAAGAUUCUAUCAAUAAUGGUACCAGUGCUUGGGGAACACCUCCCGGUGCUACAAACGGCACUAGUGCUUGGGGUUUAGCUAACCAACAACCACCACAGGCGUGGGCAGCGGCUGCGGCUAAUGGCGGUAACACUGUAAACAACAAUAAUCAAGCGGCAACGAGUCAACCACAACGUCAACCAUCACAACCGCAAGACCAGAACGCAAAUAAAGCACCACAACAGAUUCCCAAUGUAAACAACAGCAGUAGCAACGGUGGCACCCCGAAUGCCUGGAAUCGUAAUCCAUCGCAACCAUCUGGUCCCAAUCCGAACAUUGCCAACAAUAAUCAACAGCAAGCUCAAUCGCAGCAGCAACAGCAACCUCCACAACAGCAACUGGUGAUGGGAAACAAUGGAACUGUUGCUACCAAAAGUCAGUUAGAAAUGCUGAGCAACAUGCGUGAGGCUUUGUUUAGUCAAGAUGGCUGGGGCUAUCAACAUGUUAACCAGGACACUAAUUGGGAAGUACCAGGAUCGCCUGAGCCAGGAAAAAUGGAUACUCCCAAUAAUAAUAAUGCAACCGGUGGAGCGGCUGGAGGAGGACAAGGGCAAGGACAAGGUGGAGCAGGAGGUGGUGGUGCACCUAAUCCUGCUGCUUCCGGGUGGAAACCAUGUAAUCAAAAUAAUGGCACAGAACUGUGGGAGGCUAAUCUUCGUAAUGGGGGCGCUCCACCGCCACCACAACCGGUUCAGAAAGCUCCAUGGGGACCGUCCACCAAUAUCGGUGGAACUUGGGGUGAAGACGAUGAUUCUGUCGAAGCAAGUGUUUGGAAUGGCAGUGCUGCCGGUGCAAAUCAACCAGCUGCUGCGCCACCUGCUUGGGGUCAAAACAAUCCCGCUAUGUGGCCUCCGGGAACAGCAGCAGGUCCCAAUCCAGUUGCUGUAAAGAAGGAGAGCGAUUGGUCUGGAGUUAUUGGUAAUAGUACUGGGGCUGCGGUUAACGUCCCGCCGGCUGUUGCGGGUUGGGAAAAUAGGGGAGGAACAGCACCUGCUGUGAAUUUAUCUGGUCCUAUAGGGCAGUCAGUACCCGUCGAGGCAACCCGUGAAAUUCGAGGAGAUCCUCGAGGAAUAUCAGGACGGUUGAACGGCAAUGUUGGUAUGUGGGAUCAGCCCAAUGUCCAGAAUCUUUCCGCCGCUACAAAAAUUGUACAAGGCACACUUCCAGCAGCGGUUGCCGGAGUUAAUAGUCAAUGGAAUGCACAGGUUCCAAACAAACUACCCAGUAGCUGGGAUGAUCCGUCGUCACCAAUGAAUACACGUCCGACACUAGAAGAAAAUUCUGGCACAAUUUGGAACCAGGGAACUCUAUCUCGUCAAAAUUCCAAUGUUUCAAACUGGAAGGAUAUACCGGAUAACAUAAUUCGAAACCCAAUUCCGCGCGCUCCUCUUGCAGGAGGCGCCAAUUUACCACUUGGACCAGCCACUAGAGGUGUUGGAUUAAGAGGAAUUAAUUCUGGAAUAAAAACGGAUAAUAGUUUGUGGGGUCAAAAUCAAGGUCUACCGUUGAAUAGUUCAUGGGAUGAAUGUAGCGCUAGUGGUGGCUGGGACGAUAAGAGCAUGAGUAAUAAUGCCCCUUGGAAUGAUUUCGGACAAAAUACUAUGUGGAAUAAAGGCAAGCAAACAGGAGGAUGGCCGGAUCCGAAUGAUUUAAUUGCCGGAGGUUCUGGAGCCGAUUGGACAAUGAAUAAGCCACCGAACAAAAUGAGUCCAGCAGAGUUCAUACGCAGUAGCAAACAUUACCGCAUGCUGUGUGAAAACGGUUUUAAGAAGGAGGAUGUGGAGUAUGCUCUGCGUAACACAAAUAUGAACUUUGAAGAAUCUUUGGACAUAUUGCAGCGACAUAGCGCUGUAGGCGGUUUGGGAGAUUGGAGACGUCCUGACGAGCAUCCGGGAACUGCUUUUGAAGCUCAGUUUUCAAGUAGAUUUCCGGCAGGUCCUGGAACUGGAAUGCCGUUUUCGCAGAACCAAAAUUUGCUUAACAGCUUACCUGGGGUUGGCGGUGCCAACCCGAAUCAUGCGGCUUUGAAAUAUCUUUCUCAAGGUCCAGCAACAGCGCAUUCAUCUUUCACUCAAGGCCCAAAUCCAUUGGCAGCCGCAGCUGUUGCUGGCAAUCAACAGAAUCCGCAAGCACAACCUUCCACUCAACAACUGCGAAUGCUCGUCCAGCAGAUCCAAAUGGCUGUUCAUGCUGGGUUCCUCAAUCAUCAAAUAUUAAAUCAACCGUUAGCUCCGCAAACUUUGUUAUUGUUGAAUCAGUUGCUCAACCAUAUUAGACAAAUGCAACACAUUCAAAGUAACUUGGCUCGAAGCGGUGGGGCAACUGGUGUUAGCACCGUACAGCUGACAAUGCAAAUUAAUAAACACAAGCAACAGAUCUCGCAACUUCAGCAGCAAAUUGCAGCACAGCAAGCUAUUUAUGUAAAACAGCAGCAACAGCAACAGCAGCAGCAACAACCACACCAGCCAGGCGGUCCUCACCAACCUCCUGGAACACCUGGAUCGAUGAAUCCCGGUUUAGGAACGGCAGAUUUUUUGCGCCAGCAGGAAUUGGUGUCACUGCAAAAUAACUUCGCGGAUAUGGGGCUUAAUAAAGAUCCUGUUACUCCAGGUGUUGGCUUUCCUCCAAAUGCUACUGUUAAUAGCAACAAUCCAGUUAAUGCCGGCAUGACAGCCAACACCGCUGGUGUUACUAGUCAACAGUCUCGCUUGAAUCAGUGGAAACUGCCAUCGAUCGAUAAAGAUGGAGGUGUUGGUGGUGCCAAUGAUCUCACCGACUUCUCUCGUGCACCAGGCACGACCGCCAAACCGACGCUAUCGACCGUAAGCUCCAACAUUAGUUCCCUCGGUCUGCAAGAUGGAACUUGGUCAUCAGGACGAUCGAAUUUAGCCGAUGGGUGGCCAGACCCAUCUUCUGCUGGUGUUGAACCGGAAAAUAAAGACUGGGGAACUUUGGUCCCUGAGUUCGAACCAGGCAAGCCAUGGAAGGUAAAGGGAGCACAGAUGAAAAUUGAUGAAGAUCCCAGUAUUACACCAGGCAGUGUGGCACGUAGUCCAUUGUCGAUUUCGGCAGUCAAAGAGGCUGAUUUGUUUGGUACAGGUGGUAAAUCGUCUCCAACUGAUACAAUGGGCUUGACGUCUUCAACGUGGAGCUUCAAUCCAUCACAGCCAGGAGCAACCGGUAAGAUGGUUACCAACGCAGGAAAAAAUGUAUGGCCAGAAAGUAUUUCAUCCACAGCUGCCAGUACGGGCUCGGAUCUUUGGGGAACCACAAUGGGAAAAACUACCCGGGGGCCACCACCUGGGCUAGGUGCUAGUAAAAAUACAGCUGCAGCAGCUAAUGGUUGGACUGGUGGAGGCAGCGGAACCCAGCGUCCCGGAGCAGGUGGCAAUUGGUCAGGUGGCAAUAACUGGGGAUCAUCGUGGCUUUUGUUGAAAAAUCUUACUUCACAGAUUGAUGGUGCCACGCUACGUACUCUAUGCAUGCAACACGGACCGUUACAAAAUUUGCAGUUAUAUUUGAAUCAUGGUUUAGCACUGUGUAAAUACUCUUCCCGUGAUGAAGCAAAUAAAGCCCAACAGGCACUGAACAAUUGCCCAUUAGGCAGCACUACCAUCGGGGCAGAGUGCCCUAGCGAAGCGGAAGUUCAAACAUAUUUGCAACAACUAGGUGCGCCGACAGGCAAUAUUCCUAUUGGUAUAGGUAACACUGGUGGUGGAAUCAACAGCAGUGGUAGCGUCGUUCCACCAAGCAGCAGUGGCAGCGUGACUAGUGUUGCGCAAUCCUGGCGUCAAACCCCAAGAGGGUCUGGGGCAGACACUUGGGGUUCUGGGUGGCCACCUUCCAAUACAGGCGGUGCAGGCAACUUGUGGGCUCCACUUGAGGGAGGAGCUGAGCGAGGCACUCCUUCCAAUUUGAACUCAUUUUUGCCAGAAAGCUUACUAGGCCCUGAGCUAAAUUAGAGUAGCAACUCCGCAUGGUCUCGAGCACUGAUAAAGCUAUAACAGUUUUCGUUAACUUACUUAUCCUCUUUUGAUAAAAGGUUGUGUUUUACAUAUAUAUUUUUAAAGAGUACUAUUUAUUGUUUUUCUUCUCUUGCUGAAAUAAAAUAACAAAAGAAACGUUAUCAAGUAAACGCUAUGCAAUUUCGUUUUAAUUGAAUGCUACAAACCUUAGUUGGUAAUCGAAAAACAGACAUCUCCUACGCACCUGUGUUUGAACAACUGGAAAGAGUUUUUGCUCGGCAUUGAACAGUUCGAAAGAGGGGCGCAUCAAUUGCCAAGUUCCGGCAUGAAACUGUACAACAAGUGGAAGAUAAUUUUGUAUGAAUAGAAACAAACGUUUUAACUUUAUUAGAGCAAAAGCAGUUUGAGAUGAUUGAUUAUAAUAAUGCAAACAAUGAGACAUAAAACCUAGUAUUAACGGAUAUAAUAGCUGUCUAAGUCAGUUUUUUAGAUUUUAAGACAAACUAGUAGUGAACGACAACAGAGGUAUAGAAAUUUGAAGUAUAUAAGAAAAUUUGAUCUAUAUUUAUUAAUUUUAAUAUACAUCAAGGCAAGAACAUUAAAUUUACUGUAUGUAUAUGAGAAAUAUACAUAAAUGUUAUUAUUGAAUUAUUUUUAAAAAUUAUUUAGAUAUCGGAAUAAACAAGCAUAAUUAAGCAUUAAA